AUGAGGCCGGAGAGAGGUGGGGGUAUUUCGGUGAAGCUAAUGGGCGGCGGCGGCGGCGGCGGCGGACCACCGAGCCUAUGGAAGACGCCGACCCCGUACGUCUUUCUGGGCCUCGCCUUCAUGAUGGGCGUCAUCGCGGUGGCGCUGCUCGUGCUCAUCUGCACGCGCAAGAAGGCGUCAGCAUCGUCGUCCGACGAGAAGGCAGCGGCGGCGGCCCGAGCGCUCGUGCCGCUGGACCGGGAGCCCAAGGUCGUCGUCUUCAUGCCCGGCGACCACGCGCCGUCCUUCCUCGCCAGCGUCAAGCCGCUCGGCGGUGACGGCACGGCGGCAGUAGUGUAG